AGGUAAACACUAAGCAGUACGCUUCUAUUGUACCUUAGACACGGUAAACAUUACCACAAUAAGACUUCGGAUUUAUGACUAGUUGAACACCUAAAUUAGUAUGGACUGUGCUGUGUAUUAGUUCACAGAGAGUGUUUUUCGGGGAUUUUUGAAAUGCUACAUAUUCUUGCGGACAUCAGAUAUACAAGUCUACAUAUCGAGCCAGAUUAAUAGUUUUUGUCUUAGAUAAAUCAUAAUCGUAGGACUAACUGUGCAAUACAAACGUAGACUACAACAAAUAAUGUUUAAGUUAUGUGACUUUACCUGUUGAGAAGUGUUAUCAGGUGUUUUGGAGAGAGUAAAAUAACCCAGCGUCGUGUCUGGUCUAUAUCUAUAGCCAAUCCGAGUCAUACUUUGUAAUUGAAUUUAGGAAAGGAAGCCAAAUCUACUGGAAAGCGGGCAACUAACGGAUAGAAAGAAUAAAAUGGCGUCCGAUCUACAGUUUCCGUUAAUAAAAUCUUUGGAGACAGACGAUCGGGUUAUUCAUAUAGCACCGUGGAAACUGUACGAGGAAUACCCGAAUGAUCUGUGUAACCAUCUAUAUGGUAGAGAAAAUAGAGUUGUUGGUGAUAAAUAUCUGACCAUGAUGAUGCCUUCACACAAUCCAGAUCUUCAGCUCAGUGGUAAACUUGAUAAGUUCUGUAAUAUGUGGGUAAUUACAUGUAAUACAGUAGAAGAUAUAGAUGAUGUUUUAGAGAAAUUAGAGACACAAUUCUGUCUUUUGUAUGUUUUACUUAUAGAAAGACGAGCUUUCUCGGAUUCUAUAGAAAUUCCCAUGGUUCUUUUUGUGAACAACAAAUCACGUGGUAUAGAAUUAUUAAAAGACAAACUAAAAAAGGUUCGAGGUAGUAGUAACGACGACAGAUCAAAACAGUUCUCAUUUGAGGUUGAUUAUGGCCCGACAGUUGAAAAAUGGGCACUGAACGUCUUAAAUCGAGAUUUUAUCUGUGUUGGUGGAAGAAUAUGUGUUACCAAUGGCGCCAGUUUUAAUCACGUGUUAGACUGGAAUAAUAUACUGACUUGUCUCCCCUGCAUACCCUGCUGUUUACUAGCUGGUUCUAUUUAUAGAGCAGGACGAAAAAUUCGAUAUCUGGAGAGCAUCCAUACACCUGAUGAUGAUGUUAUUUUAUCAGGAGCAACUAAUGACAAACCCGAUGACCAAAGAAUAACACUAUUAAAAUUAUUAAAAUGGACUGAGGAAAAACAGAAACAGGGCCCUGUGAACAACAGCAAACUUUCAAAAGUUGACAAACAAGCUAAAGAAGCAUUUGCAGGGACGAGGCUUGAUUUAGAGAUGAUCGAUGAAGGCGCCGAAGAAGAGGGAGUUCAAAUAGAGUUGUCGACCUUUAAAACGCAAUCUGAGACAACCAGCACUAAACUUGGUGAUAUUGACGAAUUGCCCGAAGUAGAUACGGAUGCAGAUUUGUUAGCCAGCUCGAACAUAAUUCAUUUCCUAGCCCGUGGGCAGAGAUCAGUUCUUAACUUAACCCGCUCAGAUAACAAAAUUGAUACGACCAGAAAGCGUGGCACCGCUAACAGCCCAGCAAAGGUAACUGGUAGUAAAAAUACCAAAAAUAAAAGUAAGGUUUUGGAGGUAGAGCCGGUAACGCAACAAUCUACAGUAUAACUGGUGAUCUGAAUAAACCAUGAUGCAGAAACGGGUGUAACGUGCCGUCCAAAUCAUUUCGAAAUCAAACAAUAUUUCCCCUUGAAAUUUCAGUGGGACUAACGACUUGGAUUCAUGAAAUCAAUUCCAGGAGUAUGCUGUCAAGGUGCAGCGCAGAAAUUUGAUGGUAUAUUAACUAAUCCUUGCUGUAAUUAUUUCUCAAAGGCUACAUUUUCAGUUAAUGAUAGCCUAAGUAUGGGAUUGUUAAAAAAUGUGAGGUUGAAAAAAACCCCACAAAAAACAAA